CCUCUUAGACAAUUUCACGGAAAUAUCUCGUGACUUGGUUUGUCGAACGUAAACUCUUGGUCAAACAUUUACUUGGAGAUUAGAGUUUUUUGGCUCCUGUAUCUUCAAAAGAAAGAAGAGAAUGGUGAUUUUCUUCUUCACUGUAAGUCUUUUUUGCCUUGGAGCAGCCUUCGAGUGUAAAUCUGACCGUGCCCUGAACGACGAUGAGAAACUGCAAGUCCAUCUCGUUCCCCACACGCACGAUGACGUUGGCUGGCUGAAAACAGUGGACGAGUAUUAUUACGGAGCUAAUAAUUCUAUUCAACAUGCUGGUGUUCAAUACAUUUUGGACUCUGUCAUUCCCCAGUUAACUGCAGAUAGUACCAAGCGAUUUAUCUACGUAGAAAUCGCAUUUUUUGAGCGCUGGUGGAACGAACAAAAUGAAGCUAUGAAAACGGAAGUCAAGAGGCUUGUUGCAAACAAACAGUUGGAGUUUAUAAACGCUGGUUGGUGUAUGAACGACGAAGCAGCCACACAUUACAAUGCGAUCAUUGAUCAAAUGACUUAUGGACUUAAUUUCGUGCAGGAGACAUUUGGAUCAGAAGCAAGACCCCGUAUAGCUUGGCAUAUUGAUCCAUUCGGUCACUCAAACGAACAAGCUUCAAUCUUUGCUCAAAUGUCAUUCGAUGGAUUUUUUUUCGGUCGGAUCGAUUACGCUGACAAGGAAUUACGUUUGAAACAGCAGCGAAUGGAGCUUGUGUGGAGAGGAAGCCGAAAUCUUGGAAAAGACUCCGACAUUUUUACCGGAGUUCUCUACAACGGGUACAACCCACCCCCUGGAUUUUGCUACGAUCAGUUUUGUGUUGACAAUCCUGUACAGGAUGACCCGAGGCUAUUUGAUAUGAAUGUAAAAGAAUCUGUCGAUAAAUUUGUACAAGUAACCUGCAAGCAAGCAUCGCAGUACAAAACUAAAAACAUAAUUUUAACUAUGGGUUCAGAUUUCAUGUACGAGAAUGCCAACCUUUGGUACAAGAAUUUGGACAAACUUAUCAGAUAUGUACAUGAAGAUGGCCGCGUUAAUGCAUUUUACUCCACUCCUACCACCUACUUGGACGCUUUGUAUAAAGCCAAUCAAACUUGGGAAUUAAAAACAGAUGACUUCUUUCCGUACGCUGACUGUCCACAUUGUUACUGGACUGGCUAUUUUACCAGCCGUCCUGCACUCAAGCAAUAUGUCAGAUACAACAACAACUUACUUCAGGUUUGUAAACAGCUGGAAGUGAUGAAUGGUCCUGCAAAGAAAAAUGGCCCAAGUUCAGAUACACUGCGCAGAGCCAUGGGUGUGGCUCAGCACCAUGAUGCUGUCAGUGGUACAUCAAAACAGCAUGUGGCUGAUGACUAUGCCAAACGCCUUGCUAUUGGUGCAGCAGAAUGUCAGGAGCUGGUUGGUGAUGUUCUUAACAAACUUAAAGUUAAAAACCCUGAAAUCAAGCCUCCUACUUUGACUUUCUGUGACCACCUCAACGUAAGCGUAUGUCCUCUGACUGAAAAGACCAAGUCCUUCACAGUAACUGUGUACAACCCUCUUGCUCGAGCUGUAGACGCUGUUGUUCGCCUUCCAGUAGCGCUGGCCUCGAUGAAUGUUUUUAGCCCACAAGGUAAACUUAUCGAAAGUCAAAUGUUACCGGUUUCUAACGAAACGAGACUGCUUCGUCAAGCUCAGAACCUGACACAAGGCGACUCAUCUUUUGAGCUUAUUUUCUUUGCCAAAGUUCCUGCUCUUGGCUUUGCAACUUACUUCGUGAACUCUACUAAGUCAACAGUGAAGAGUAAAAUUUUCAAAGACGUCCCCAAGCGUGUUUACGAAGACGCAGACGAAGUCUCUAUCGAGAAUGAGUUUAUCAAACUGUCGUUUACGGAAGAUACUGGUCAUUUGACGAGUAUGACUGACAAAAGUUCCAAGACUACAACUGUGUUAAGCCAAGGGUUCUAUUGGUACAACGGCAGCUUGGGAGAAGAUGCCAGUACACAGCCUUCCGGUGCUUACAUCUUUAGACCCAACAGCAGCCAACCGAUACCGAUCCCCCAGAGCAGCAAAGUAGAGGUCUUUAAGGGUACUGUUGUGCAAGAGGUACGCCAGGUGAUAUCACCGUUCAUCAGCCAAGUGGUCAGGCUGUAUGCCGGGCAAAGACACGCUGAGUUUGAAUACACAGUCGGACCAAUCCCAGUAGGGGAUAAAUGGGGUAAAGAAAUCAUCACCCGGUUUGACACGGAUAUCCACUCCAGUGAGCUGUUCUACACGGAUGCUAAUGGAAGGGAGAUGCAGGAACGUAAGAGGAACUACCGACCAACAUGGAAGCUGAACAACACUGAACCAGUGGCUGAGAACUACUACCCAGUCAACAGUCGAAUGUACAUCAGAGACAGUGAGAAACAACUGACGAUUCUGACUGACCGGUCUCUGGGCGGGUCCAGCAUGAAAGAUGGCUCCAUGGAGAUCAUGCUUCACCGGCGGCUUCUCAAAGAUGACAAGAGAGGCGUGGCUGAGCCGCUGAAUGAGACGGGGAUCAGUGGUAAAGGUUUGAUCGUGCGCGGAAAGCUGUGUCUGAUUUUAGCACCGCCUAAGGAAUCUGCAGCUUUGCAUCGCGAGCUUGGCGAGAAGCUUUUGCUGGGGCCUGUGCUCGGCUUCGCACCCAACAGCCUUACGUUCAAGAAGUGGACGAGUCAGUACAACGCACUGCACAACGGUCUCACUCGUGAGCUGCCAGCCAAUGUUCACUUGUUGACGCUGGAGACCAUGAAGGACCUCGCUUUGAUUCGCGUUGAGCAUCAAUUCGAGGGUGGUGAGGAUCCGAAGCUUUCGCAACCCGUCAACAUUUCCUUGGCAGAGCUCUUCACCGAUUUUACCGUCGAGUCCAUGACUGAAAUGAAUUUGGCCGCCAACCAGUUGCUAAAAGACAAGCAGCCUCUCCACUGGAAUAUAAAAAACAAGAAGAACAAGCAAGAACAAAGAGAAAAGAAGAAAAUGGUAGCGCGAAAGGAAACGGAUUUGAACUUGCAUCUCACCCCGAUGCAGAUUCGCACCUUCAAAGCUGUCAUUAAGCGUCAUGGAGUGUUCCAGCAGAAAAGUUCCUAAGUGGUACGGCAUCUAAAGCGUUCCGUUAACACAGCGAUCAAACGUCUGCGCAUGUGCAAUUGUUGUAGAGGCUUGCUGACAUGCUUUCAGGCUUUCAGAACUAUGUAACCUCACUAGACUUAGAACAACCUCACAAGUCCGUCAAUCACUGUAUUUUACACGGGUAUAAAUUGUUUGAUAAAGCUCCAAACAAAAUGAUAAAUUGACAAGGUACCAUUAGAGAAUGAGCUUUAUGUUCGAGAAUUCUCAAGGUUUCCUUUCCCCAACCCUUUUUUCUUGUUUACAGAUCUCUUUGAAAGAUUCCAUUUUUGUUUGCAAA